AUGUUGGUGCCGCCGUGGGCCGUCGGCGUCGUCCUUUUUUGCGGAAUCGGCCUUGCGGGUAUUGGGCAAGGUUUGUGGAAGAAGUUAAAAGAAUAUUGGAGAUUAUCAUAGUUUUAUUCAGUUUUGAAAUUUUUAAAAGGGAAAACAAUUUUCAAAGUUUAGUUCAAAAUUUAUUCUUCUAUUGAUUGGGUUCGUAAUAUUAUUAAAGUUUUUUAUUGGUUUCUUUUCGGUUGAGGGUCGCUCAAACCGGCUUGAUAAUUGUCUUUUUUUCUCAAAAAAAUUUUCCAUAACGCUCAUUGAUGUACCGGAAAAAGAUUCUGAAAGUCUCAACCUACUAAUAAAUUUCUAGUUUAGGAGAAUAAUAAGGGCUCAAAGCCCUUAAUUAAUUACUUUAAAGAAUUUUUCAAGGAAUUUCAUUUAGUUUGGCAUUCCUGAUUUCUCUAAAAAUACCAAGUUGGGCAGGUUGAGACUGUCAGGAUCUUCAUCUGUUUCGUCAAGGAUCUUCAUCUCCUGGCCAGUUUUCACCAACCGUAAAGUAAAAUGACUUUUCUUGUCAUUUUCCUAAAUUUGAUCUUUCGCCAAAAUGUUGAGCAGAAAGAGAGAUCUUUUUAUGCACGCUCGAAUGAGAUCGUCUUUGGUGGCUGUUCUCGAGUUCUGUAAUAUUUAUUUAAUUUUUUCAAAAUGGCAAAGCUGUUGAUUGGCUUCUAAUUUACAUGGAAUCAAGAAGUUUCUAGAGAAAAAGUUUUUGUCGGAAGGAUUUUGAUCAUUUCAGACCAAUUUUUUCCCAUUUUUAAAUUCAUAUUUUGAAGUUUACGCCUCUGACGAUGAGGAACGGCUCAUGGUGGACGUGUUCCGCGGCUACAACUCUCUUAUUCAAGUGAGUUUCCUCCAAGUUUCCAAAGAUCCAUCGAGAUUAACUCUGAAGCCCGUUCGCAACUCGUCGGAAACUCCGCUUAUCGUCAAGAUCGCCCUGCAACUCGUUCUUUUGAUCAAUGUGGUUUGUUCCUAGCUUUUUGUGUGUUUUUUGAAAGUUUUAUUUGAGGAUGAAAAGGAUCAAGUGAUGCACACGAAUGUUUGGUUGACAUUGGUGGGUUGAAAAAAGGGGGGUAUGAAAACAAGAUUAGCGAAAUUUGCGUUGGCGAACUUAUCGAAGACCGCGAAAUCGCGGGCGGUGUAUGCCACCGUGUAUGCAUACUGUUUGCGCAAAAAUCAAUAAACACCUUUCCGACGGAACUUUUUCCGACUUUUUUUUGCCUCUUUUUUCAAAUUUUUGGAUUUCGUCACUCAUUUUUUUUUGGUUUUUUCUGUUAUUUCAUCUUUUCCAUCGCAUUAUGAUCCUCUGGUACGCAUUGUUCCUAUUUUUCUCGAUAAAAAUAUAUUUAUCCGAUAGGAAACGAUGUCAAUGAAAAAAAAAAGAUUUGGAAACAACAAAUUUAUGGACAAUGGUGAAAUAAAAUGAAAUAAAACAAGAAAUUGGGAAAAUAAGAAAUGACACGAGAAGAAUGUGAAAGAUAUAGGAAAUUUUUUUGAUGUUGCCCGAAACGAAAAACAAUAACUUACAGAUUUGUAGGAAUCAGCGUCACUCAAGUAAUCAAGCAUGUCAUCCAAUGUUUCUCUCAUAGCUCUUUCUUCUUCACUCAUUCUGUAAUUGAAACGCAGAAAAAAACUGUUAUAAACAAUGUUCCAACAGCCAUCACGACGAAAAAUUAUUCCAAAAAAAUAUUUUUUUGCUUCAAACAAAAAAAUUGAGGUCUUUUUUUCCGAUACAAGGAUCAUAAUGCGAUGGAAAAGAUGAAAUAACAGAAAAAAACCAAAAAAAUGAGUGACGAAAUCCAAAAAAAUUUGAAAAAAAGGCAAAAAAAGUCGGAAAAAAAGUUCCGUCGGAAAGGUGUUUAUUGAUUUUUGCGCAAACAGUAUGCAUACACGGUGGCAUACACCGCCCGCGAUUUUGCGGUCUUCGAUAAGUUUGCCAACGCAAAUUUCGCUAAUCUUGUUUUCAUACCCCCGAAAAAAAGAAUUUCAAAUAAUAUUUUUCCAAGGAUUUCCUAAUGUUCAUACGGUAGAAUGGUGGAAACUAGCUAGUAAGUAUUUUAAAAUCCGAUUUCAACUGAAAAUAUUUUUUCUUGUAAUCUAUUUAUGGCGUCUUAAAGACCUCAAAAAUAUCCUUUUUCUUCAUUAAAAUGAUAGAGAACGAACUUUAGGUUAAAUAAUAAUCGACAAAAAUUCAAAAAAAAAACAACUCUACAGCGCGUCAGACUCUAAACCCCUUUAGGGUCCACUUAAAUGUUACCCCUUUAGGAGACACUUUUUUGCCCUUCACACCUAUAGGGACUACUCUGGCGUACCUAAGAAGUUUCAAUUGAUUCUCAUGCUUUUCUAUAACCUGCGCGAUUUAGAGAGUAACUGAAGUUUGAGAACUUGAAGAAAAAUUUGAAAACUUCUCAGAAGUCAAAUUUUUCGAACCUCAACCAAAAAGUUCAGAAAUGGCACGAUUUCCAAAUGAAGUGGAAUCCUGUCAAUUACGGCGAAAUCAAGCAGAUUCGAGUAUCGCCCGACAAAGUCUGGCUGCCGGAUAUUGUCCUUUUCAAUAAGUCCUCAUUGCCUAUGCCCUGGAAAAUAAGACAAAUUUACUUCUAGCGCCGACGGAAACUAUGAAGUUUCGUUCAUGUGCAACGUGGUGAUCAACCACUUGGGCGAGAUGCUCUGGGUCCCGCCCGCCAUCUACAAGAGCAGCUGUAUCAUCGACGUCGAGUUUUUUCCGUUCGACGAGCAAGUCUGCACCCUCGUCUUCGGCUCUUGGACCGUCCGUUUUUUCUAAUCUUUUUUUUCCAAAAUCAUUACUUACUUACUUCACAAGUUAAGUUGUUUCAAAGUUUUUAAUUGAGAUUCCAGUUGUCUGGUCGAAAUCGAACAAAGUUCUUAUUUUUUCUAGAAAAAUUAUUAUAAAGAUCGUCGCUAAGAUGCUUUCAAAAAAGUUUCUUUUGAGCUUUCACUGCCCUUAAAAACGGAAAAUUUUAAACUCUUUGGAAGAAUUAAAAAUUAUGUGUUAUAGCUAGGGUCCGCAAGCCAUUUCUUCAGAACGAUUCAAAAAAUAUGUUUUUCACAUUGUUCGAUAGAGGAGACUGUCCAUUUUCAUAAUCCGUUUAGUUUUUGAAAAAAAGUUCACUAAGAAAAAAGUUAUGGCCAAAAAACUAGCGCGCUCGGCGUUCAACUGGAGGCGAAAUCUCACGGUUUACCCGCUGCCGCACGCUUUCUUUUUAAAUGUUUUUACGCGUUUCUGGACCGUUUUUAAAGCGGUUUUCUGUUCUGAGAGGUUGUCAGAUCUGAGCUCAACGUUUUGGUAUGAAUCUUUCGUACAAUCCUCAUAAGAAUUUUUGAUAAAAUAUCAAUAAACUACUUAGAAAAAAGGUCAGAAGGAAUUUUCAGCUUAUUUUUCUUUUUUCUAAUCAGAAAAAUUAUUAUCAUUCGAUUUGGAAAAAAGAAAAAAUGAAAAAUGAUGUUAUUUCGAAAUAAAACAGGAAAAAGUGCAAUUUGACUCCGAAAAACGGCUCCUGCAACAUUUAAAAGUGCGUAUCGGUGUGUUUGACGCAAACACAGUUACGAACGCUUGCACGAAUUCUUCCAAAAUUUCAAAAAAAGUUGUCAUUUUUUCGAGGUUUUCAAAGCCGUUAUUUUUUUCGCGUCGUUAGAUUUUUUUCAUAAUUUUUUCAUUGAUAGAGUUUUGAACGCUUAAUAACCUGAUCAAAAGUAUAAACGCGAUCCUAUUCUCUCAUGCGUCAACGAGGCAGACGAAAAAAGGAGGUUUUGGUAAAAUUCAAAUAUAAUUUAAUUCGCUGUCCCAAUAAUUAUUUUCAUUCUGAAUUUUUAUUUUUGAACACAUUGUGAGCUUUUUAAUCAAAUAAAAAGUAUACCAUGUCGCUGAAAUUUUUUCGCAUUUCAGCUUCAAAGUUUGGUGUCACUUUACAAGCUUUAAUAUUUUUUUCGCGUCGUUAGAUUUUUUAAAAUUUUUAUUCAAAAAAAUAAAGGAAGUGUUAAUAUAUAAUAUACUCAAAAUUUAGAAGCGUUCCUCACUUGGUUUUCUGAAACGCGAUGAUUUUUAUGAAACUUGUCAGUUUUUUUCGUGUGAAAUCUUACUUUUUUUCGCUUAUUUUUUUGAAAAAAAUACAUAGUUUUAAAAAAAUAUUCAGUCUUGUAGAGCGUUGUCGAUUACAUAGAUUAAGAGAAACAGUUAAUUUUUAAAGUGGGACUUUAGCUAGUAUAAACGCCUCAAAACCGUUUUUGCAACAAAAAAAUCGUCAUUUUGGUGGCGUGAAGGGGCGGGGCUUUGCGCCCCCUAGUUAUAGCAAAAAGUCAGCCAGGAAAGUUCAGCUUUGAAUUUUCGCAAUUAUUAGGCUUCAAUCAUCAGUGAGAUAAUGGAAUUAUUCUUAAUGCAAAGCGUUUUUCUAAUAUUACUCUCAGUUGACAUAUCUUUCAGUACAACGAGAAUGAGAUCAAGCUGGAGUUCGAACAGGCCGAAUGGGUCGACUUGUCUGAAUACUCGGCCAGUUCCAUUUGGGACGUCAUCGAUGCUCCAGCUUCUCUCGUCAACAAAAGAAGCAGAAUCGAGUUUCAAGUCAGAAUCAGGUUUGAGAAGCCCGAUUCAUGAAAUUUUUAAUUUAUUUUUCCAGAAGAAAGACCUUGUUCUACACUGUUGUCUUGAUCAUUCCGACGGUUUUGAUGGCUUUCCUCAGUAUGGCCGUGUUCUUUUUGCCCACUGAUUCUGGUAGAAAAUCUUGCUUUAUAGUGACUUCAUUCAAUUUUCAGGAGAAAAGAUCACGUUGACCAUUUCGGUCCUUCUUUCCAUUGUCGUUUUCUUGCUCCUUGUUUCGAAAAUCCUGCCGCCGACGUCGAGCACGAUCCCUCUGAUGGCCAAGUUCGUUGUUUUCUUUUGCCUCUUCAGAAAUCCUCGCUGAGGUGUUCAAAUACGCAGUGACAAGUGUCACAAAGGUCUCCAGACGAAAUGCCUUUUUUUGGCUCUCAUUAUGAAAUUUAAGGUUUUUGAAUUUUUGAGCGCGUGUAAAUAAAUGUGUGUCGCUACCUUUUCUCGCAGAUUUCCUUCUCAGUUUCUGAGACCAGAUUUGGAAUCAGCGGGAAAAACUAAACCUAGUGAACCUGGUCUCAUUUAGAAUCGAUCCGGAAACUUCCUGGUUAGGUGUAAAAUUCUCUUUUAUUCCAAUACAACUUUUCCUGAUUUUUGAGAAUUUUUCUUGCUCACAAAUCAUUCAAAUCAAAAAAAUGCAGUUUCUCACAGAUACAGGAAAAUUAAAAAAUUAUGAAAUUUUUUGUACUGACAAUUGGACUCGUCUGGACACGUUCUUCAAAAAAAAAAUCGAGCAUUUUCUGUUCCAGAGCACUCCUAUAGUUUAUACUGAAAAGUUUAUACAUUUAAAAAUUGUAAAAAAAAUAAUCUCUGGUCGUCUUUCGAAUGAAACUCCACUAGAUGUAUUUUAUCACAUUGUUGUUCGAGUUUUCUUUUUCAUAACGAGUCUCUCUGACGCAAAGUUGAGUCCAAAAAAUAUGAAUAAAUCGAAAAAGGUGAAUUUAAUUUGAUUAAAUGGACACUUUAUUGAAUUCAAAAAACGUUCAGGUAUCUCUUGCUGACGUUUGUCUUGAACGUGAUCACAAUCUUGGUCACGGUCGUCAUUAUUAAUGUCUAUUUCCGAGGUCCCACAACCCAUCGAAUGCCUCACUGGGUUCGCAUCAUAUUUCUUGAAGUUUGUAUUUGGGUUUCAAUUUAUAUAUUUAUUCAUUCAGUUUCUUCCCAAGUUGAUGUGCAUGCAGAGGCCGAAGUCGGCGACGAGGCGAAAUGCGGUAAAUUUUAUGAAAAGUCAAUUUGGAUUGAAAAAACACGGUUUCAUGCCAGCUUCUUUCAUACUCAAGAAGGUGCUCAAUGGAGUGAAGAUGAAAAAAGAGAGCGCAGAUGUCAAAUGAAGCAAUAUAUUUGAAGAGAAAGAGAUAAAGAAAAAUAAGUUUCUGAUUUAAACUAGGCAUUCUGCCACAGCAUAUGAGCCAUUUUGCAGGCUCGCCGAGGAAUGGCCCAACUGCCGGGCGUCGGGCAGUUCGCCCUGAAUCCCGCCGCCCACCAUCCUUUCUGCCCGAGCGCCGACGAAAGAAACACAAACCACCGCGCGAUGGCCAACCACAACGACAUCGACAAGGACGCGACGACGUCCGCCUACUAUCCCCUGUCUCCGGACGCCCUCAGAGCCAUCGACGCCAUCGAGUACAUCACCGACCAUCUCAAGCAGGAUGAGCAGCAUAAAAUGGUGCAUACUCAUUAGAAAACUUGAUCUUUUUUGAGCACAAUGCCGAGCGCUUAAUCAAGCUAGAAUGAAAUUCAGAACACCUUCCUAAUUGAUUAUUGAACAGAGAGUAAUAUAUAAAUAUCUGAAGUGGAUUUUUGGUUCGAGGAUUUCGCUAUCUAUUCAGCAGUUAGUGCACUACUAUAGUGAAGUCGAAGUUCUGAGAAUUAAAAAUUAAUUUUUUUCACAAUCUUUCGCUUCUUAUUGUAGACUGAAAACCCAAGUAUUGCAAAAAAAGAAAAAAAUAGUUUACAUUAUUUAUUUUUUCGAAGCUGUCGGUUAUUUUUGAAUACUCCAGUUGUUAAGAAAACCCGGAUCCGUGUAGUUCAAAGCUUACCAGGUAGCUCCGCAGCUAAUUUUCGGCCCUUGGGCGUGGCUAGCCAAUUUUAGAACUCAUAAUGCCUUAAAGUCCCAAUUUUUUAUUUGUUUAUGAUGAAGAUCAGCCGAAGAAACCUUUUUAGCGUCAUAUUUUCGAAAUGAUAGUUUCCAGUUAUCGAAAAAUGCCUCGAUUAUUUCAUCUUUUCUAGUUCCGGGAUGAUUGGAAGUACGUGGCGAUGAUCAUCGACCGUCUUUUGCUCUACGUUUUCUUCGGAAUAACUGUCGGUGGAACGUGCGGAAUCCUGUUCUCGGCGCCUUACGUUUUCCAAGGUAUCUUCCAGGAUCUUUUUGAAUUAUUGAUGCAGGCAAUUUCGAAAAAAAAUGUCAUAUCAGGCAUAGAGCAGCAACAAGUUCUGAGUCACCUCGUUGAGCAGUACAAAACCAAGGGAAAUCGACAGUAA